AUGACCGGGGUCACCUGGGGAUUCAGCUUCGACGACUUGGAGGAUGAGAGGGCACAGUCUGGACAAAAUGUAGAGAACGAAAUGUCUGCGAAGUCUGUCCACGAAAGAUGCAGGGAGGUCAUGGAUUGUUUCAUCAAAGGAGGACGGGAGUGGAACGAAGCGCCCGACGACACCAAAAAGCCCACCAUUGAACAACUAAAGGGAUGGCUAACUCUAACUAGGCCUCAAGAACGCAUUCCCACAGUGCUUCAUUCUCUGGCUAGGGAGCCAGGUCUCUGCGACCAGGCCAGCAAGAAGCAGAUUCUAAGGCCGGUCAUCUGCCAUAUUUUGGAACACAAAGCCGAUAGCACCCAAGGGCCGAGUUUCAGAGAGCCAGACAGCCCGGCUCCCAAGCCAGUCCUGAUCCUCGCGAUCCAGUACAAGAACUUAGCCUUCAUCCAGUGCAUUCGCAGUUGCUCGUCUAAAGGGUAUCCUGAACUAGUACACGAGACGGACAAAUCCGGAUCCAACGCCGCGCACCUGGCUUUCCAGCACGGAAUCUUGCAUGCGCUGAACGACUCCAUAUUGCCCGAGUCCUUGGUGGCAAAGGACGACCAUGGAAACACCCCGCUUCACUACGCGCUUAGCUACAAGCGACUUUCCGAUGUACCCAAGAAAAGUCGGCAGAUGUAUACCAACAUGGUUGGAUGGAUUCUGGAACAGACAGACAAACUCAACCAGGAGAACAGCGAGUUCAACAAACAGGAUGAGUCACCGUACCUCUACUAUCAACGCACCAAAGAUGAGUUCGUGAGCUCCGUUCGGGCCACGAUAAAGACGACGGGGUCACUGUCUCACAUCCAGGCGGCAGAAGUGGCGAGAAACGAGGAGGUGAUAAAGAAGAAGCAGGAUCCAAAGAAGGACGAUGACCUGGCCACGAAGAACGCCCAAAUUCAAAGCGAAAAAUUAGACUCGGGCGCUCUGGCAAUGAGACGCGACAAUGGAUCCCAUACACAAAAGGAGAGCAAGCCAACCCAGUUGGAAUUUCAAAAACCAUCUACGGCUCCGAGAUUGAAUCUCGGAGGAGCACGUGUUCCCCAGCCUCCUUCCGUCGACCAUGCAACCUCACAGUCUAAAUUUAACGCCAUGAACCAAACCCGGACGCAGCCGCCCGCCGCGAAGGCCGCAACGAACCCGCUCAUGGCUCCAUCUCCACACUUUUCUCUUCCGGAUGACUGGUUUCCCGAUGAGGUCGCGAAAAUUGUCAAGCGACACUAUAUGGGAGCGAGAUCAGAGAUGAGAGCCCGACAAUUGAUAUAUGGGAAGACGAAAGAUACGAACAUGUCGUUCAACGCAAUGAACUACCAAAACGAUACUUCCCAGAACAUCGUCCGCCUAUUGCAGAAACUAGGUAAAGCGGGCGGGUUCGACAAAAUUCUGUCUUUGGUCAAGCUUCCCACUAUCAGCCAUACGCAGCCCGAGGCUUCGAAUCCUAGGCCUAAGAAAAGAUACCCCAUGAACCAGAAGAUCACCCUCACCAACAAGUUGGAGAGCCAAGCAGCCGGGCGCACCGGCCUGUUGGAAGUGUUCGAUGAACUCUCAAAGCUCGAAGUCACCAGCAUUGUGCGGCUGGAGGUGGAGGACAGGGAGCAUCCAUCCCACACAGAUGCCACCAUCGAGCAGUCUAUUUUCGGAAGACAGGCCUAUUGCAACAACGACAAGCACAUCAGGAGGCCGAUAUCAGUGGAACAAUGGGAUUGGCGAAAACUCGAUUUGAGUCUUGAUGUCAUUGCAUUCGCGGCGCCCGAAGUUAAAGAAAUCAAUCUCUACUGGAGCGGCAACUCCACCAUAUUGGAGGCUUGGAGUUGCGCCACACGACUCAAGGAGCUUGUGGGUCUGGAAAGGAUUGUUGUCCAUGCUUGUCCGGGAGGAGAGACCCGCGAACGAGCAACCGAGCUUAUUGAGCAGUUCAAAAAGCAGAUAGUAAUGGCUCAUCAUCGCGAAGAAACUGCCACGUCUGGCGAAAAUCAGAACCGAACAGGAACCGGAUUCGACGUUCACGUUAAAUGGGUGUCCAACCAUGUGAAUGCCCCAGAUGACGGUGGCGAUACGACGACAGACUCCGAGACCACAUCUCAAAAGCCCAACCAGCAUAUUUGGGUGCAGAAGAUGGACAGAUUCAGAGGGGCGCUCAUGUCCUUUCACGGAGAAUUGGAGCAGUAUCAACGAUUUAAAUCUAGUCCUUCUCCCGUCAAAGUUGGCUUGAUAGACGACGGUGUCGAUCCAACUAAGAUCGCGGACCUCAAAGUCAACGGUCGAGAAUUCAUGACUGUCAGAGGCGUGAGCUUCUGCGAGGGGCCCUGGUACCAGUCCAGCAACCACCACGGUACGACCAUGGCCAACAUGAUCUUGCGCAUUAACCCCUGGUCGACCAUAUACUCCAUGCGGCUCCGAUCCGGCAAUGACGGCAAGGGCCGCGUGAUCGACCCCGAGAGCGCCGCCGAGGCAAUACGUGCGGCUGUCAUGAGGGGCGUGAACAUCAUUUCCAUGUCAUGGACAAUCGCCGACUUGGCGAGCAAGCCCACAGCCCAAUCGGCGGCCCAGAGUAGUGUGACAGACGUGCCGGGGGGCAACAAGAGCGCGCCGGAGACCAAGAAGGCGCAGGACAUCAAAAAGCUCCAGGAUGCCGUCAAAUUCGCCGCCGAGAAGAAGGUGCUAAUGUUUUGCUCGGCCAGCGACAAUAUCGAAGCCAACAGCAUGGAGAUGCUGCCAUUCAACCAGGCGCCGGACCAUAUCUUCCGAAUCGGGGCGGCAAUGAAGUACGGCCAGCAGGACGCCACGACCGAGGACAAGACUCGCAUCCUCUACUACUUCCCGGGCAACCAGGUAGCCGACUUGUGGAACCCCCGGCUGCCCAAGCCGGUCGACUAUCACGACGGCUCAUCGGUUGCGACGGCGCUUGCCGCCGGUCUCGCGUCCCUCAUUAUAUACUGCACCGAGGUGGUCAAGUCGUGCCAUGCUACCGGGACGCCGAGCCACGCCAAGUUCUCGCGCUAUCGCGAGAUGUUAGAGGCUAGAGCACAUAUGGAACGGGCCUUUAAUAACAUACGCAGCGACCAGUGGGCCGACAACAAGUACAUACCUGUGUGGAAGAUGUUUGGGGAAACCACCGAACAUCUUAUCAAGGGGAACAACGUCCAGGAGAAACUCAACGUGCUUGAACAUUUGGUCACCCAGCUUUGCAAUCUGUUCCCGCUACCUCUACCCGGGGAUAGGACCUUCAGUUAA